AUGUCUAAAAUUUCUGACAAAGACAGAGCUAAAGAGAGGAGGGCCACUGACUCAACAUCAACAAAAGGAUUUGAAGGAGGAUUCAAGAAAGCAAAAGUUAGAGACAGCAAGAGCAGGGAAGAAAGAUCCCGAGAAAGCCAAACAACAGAGAAUUCCAGGCCAGUUUUCAAGUCACCUGUCACACAUGAGAAGGAGCAAGUGAAUCAUAAAGGGAAGCAUGAAAAAGCAAGUCCCCAUAUCUCAGGGAAAAGCUCCAGCAGGCAUUCUGCAACAAACCAGCCUUCUUCAAAAGAGUUGGAGAAAAAGAGACAGGAGCUGGUAUCGAGGAGAUCCACAGCAGAGUAUCCCAGGCGGACACCUGCAAAGGAUGAUUGUUCCCCUGAGAAACCACAAGAGAAAAGGAGGAAACUCAUGAAAAGGCCGUUGUCACCAGAGCUUCAUGCUGAACCCAAACGAAGAGACAUCAAAAACAUGACCAAUGCUGCACAUGCAGAAUCUCAUUCUGAAGUUCAAAAGGAAACGAGGAAGACGUUGGUGGCCAGGAGGUUCAAGAAGAUUGACCAUAAUGUUGGUGCACAGAGUUCUCAAGGCAACUCCAAAGAAGCUUUGCCAGUAGUGAAACAUGUAGGCUCUAAACUGAAAUUACCAGAAGAUAUUUCACCCAAGAAGCUAGACCAUGUACAGUUGGGUAAUGUCCCUGGUGUAAUCUUAGGAGAAAAAAGGCCAUCCCUUGUUGGUCCCACAGCAAAUGUCAGUUUCAAGAUCCCAAAGAAGGUCACUGCUGUUAAAGCUUGGACAAACACGGAUGUGUGUAAUGUGAAUUCUUCAGAUAGCAGGACUCAAAGUACCGCUCGGCCUUCUUUCCAUGAUUCUACUCCAUCUAAACACAAAUUUCUCAUCUCACAGCAGCAAGGACAGAGGCUUCAAGAGGUUUCUGCUCAAACCUCUCAUAAACCCUCUUCUCUUAGCUUGUCACAUCUUUCGUCUACAUCUCACUGCAGACCAGUCCAGCAGACACACACUGACAAAACAAGAGAGGCCACAACGCCGAGCAAUACUUCCUGCAAGGUACAACAUGUAACUCUCCAGGAGGCUGCAGAGACCCUUGACUGCGACCACGAGAUGGAGCUGGUGGAGGAGCUUCAUCUGGCACGCUCUGAGAGGCGACUGGAGGUGAACUUGAUAGAGAACUGCGGAGAGCUCACCUGCAUGGACAUUGACGCUCCAGAAGAGGGUGCCGGCACAAUGCUUAAUCAACAUAAACAGGCCCUGCUUAUUGUUCUGGAUACCAAUGUGCUGCUCAGCCACCUGGAGUUUGUGAAGAAGAUUAGGUCACAUGGUCUUGGUGGGCUGGGGUUCCCCACUUUGCUGAUCCCAUGGGUGGUGCUGCAGGAGUUGGACUAUCUAAAGAGUGGUAAACUCUCCAGCAAAGUGGAAUACAAAGCCAGGCCAGCUGUCCACUACAUUUACAGCUGCCUAAAAAAUCAGGAGCCCAGACUUGUGGGCCAGUCAAUGCAGCAGGCAUCUCAAGCUGUUGGUGGGCCUGGUGUUGUGAAUAAUGACGACAGAGUGCUGGAGUGCUGUCUGCAGUACCAGGCUCUGUACCCAGAGGGAGCACUAGUUCUUUGCACCAAUGAUAAGAACUUGUGCAGCAAGGCUCUGCUCAGUGGGGUGAAGGCCUUAAGUAAGGUAGACUUGGUAAAAGAAGUGGAGGGAACCAGAUCUACAAUUCUAAAUUACAUUCAUGCUCAACCCGCUGUGCCGCCCCCAGCUGAACCUGUAGAGAAAGCAGAGGAGAAAGGAUCACAAAAGAAUAAAUGCAGUGAUGAAGCGGAGGAACGACAGUUGAGCGAGUGUGUGUCUUUGUUGGAGUCCUGCCUCCAGGUGGCACUGUCAGAGGUGCUGGAGGAAGAGAUGAAGGCGGCUUUUGGAGAACUGUGGACUGAGAUAGUGUAUGUGAAGCCUCCGUGGAAUCUGGAGGGGCUGCUCAAGUGUUUUAAGAAGCACUGGAUAGCUGUGUUCGGAAGCAUUAUUAAGAGGAGCCUGCUCAGCUGUGUGGAGAUGCUGAGUGACUGUCUCUGUUCAGACAGGUCCAUAGAGCACAUAUCUGCUCUCAGUGCUGUGAGAUUGGCUGCAGAGCUGCUGUCGGCACUGGCUGGCAGAUCUCAGUACAAUGGUCAUGUAGCUCAAGCUCUUUCUACACUGCAUAUGCUAAAGGAAAGACUACAGUCUCCGAAAGCACCAGCAGAGGGUGAUGACACUGAUAAUAAGGACUCUCUGAUGGCAGAGAUAGAGGAGGAUGUAGCUCCGCCUCCUCAGACAUCACAUCAAAAUGUUUGGAUGUUAUUUGAGAGCAUCUGGAACAAUGUGUGUCAGAUUAGUUCGGCUUUGUUCUCAGCGCUCCACUACACUCCAGGAUCCACUGAGCCCAGCCAGCGAUCUACCUCACCCCCACCUCAGGAAGCCCUCUCCUGCCUACAAAGGCUCUCCACUGCACUGAAACAGCUACUGGAGGCUCUUCAGAGGCUGUUAUCAGCGGAAAGCAGUGUUCAAGAUGCACAGUCACUUCUCUCCUUCAUUCAGACCAGUGAGAUUGCGGCUAUGGAGCCACGUUUCACUGCCAGGGACCUGUUUGAUUGCGUGUCUCAACAGGAAUACCGCACUUUCGGCAUUUCAGCUGGAGCACAGCAUGCUGUUCUCAGGGAGAAGCUGUGUGUGGGUGGUGCGCAGCUGUCUGAGCUGUGUGCGAAUCUAGAUCACUGUGCUGCUAAUCUGAGCUCUUGGUCCUGAUUUACCACCUGACUUUCCAUGUUUGGACCCAACCAACUGUCUACUUACUAUCUGACCAGACUCCUUUGGACCCCGACCUGGUUUUAAUAGCAGAGUCAUAAUCUGCUGGAACCAAAGGCGCACCAACCUACUGAUCCUCUGUCCUUGUACCAACCUGCAGCAGAGUCAGUGUGUCAGUCACAUGACCCUGACUUAUUAUGCAAAAGCAUCAAGGGCUAUUAGUCUAUAUAACAGAAGUUAGAUUAUGUUCUAGUUCUUAUGUUGUAGUUCUAAACUUUGAUAUGUUUUUUAAUUGUGUUAAAUUAUUUGGAUUAUUUAUUCACCUUACUUUAUAAGUAAUGUGCCCCAUUUCGGGAAAACACACUGUUUUAGUGAUGACUAAAAAAUUGUUAUAGGUUUGUUGGUGGUUUUGGUGUUUUAUACUGAAGAAUGUGGAAUUUAAUUUCUGCUGUGCCACUUGAAAUCCUCCUGAUGUCCAGGAGCUGUUGUGGUAACAGGUUAUUAUGUGUUCAGAAACAGAAGUAUUACUUCAUGACACUGUCUCACACGACAUUCAGUGCUGCGAGGCUUUCAGUAAGUAGUGAGUGCGACAGUGAGUCAUGUGUUAAAAGCCAAUUUUCUUGGGUGCCAGUCUAGCUGCCCUUCUGGAAACUAUCCUGAAAUCCACUCGUUUGUUCCAUGAUUCUAAGAAGGUACAUUUCGUCACAAGUUAAUUAUGACACUUACACUGUUAGGUCUGAUAAGCUGCUGUGAUUUCUUAUUCUUAGUUCUGUCACUGCAUAUGAAAUACCAGCACCAACAUGAUCCUCAGUCAUUUAUGACAGAUUAUUUUUUUAUUCAUAUUCUUUGAUUUCAUGUGGAAUGGUAUCUAUGCAUAAAUAUUGUUUUAAUUGUAUUAAAGUGUGAAUAGUUCAAUUCUAUUUUACUUUACAUCUAUUUGCAUUUUGAUUAAAAUA